AGAAGCCUUUAGCCCCGCGGUCGCUCAGUCCAAACAAACAUGGAUUCCGCGGCGCCGCUGUCCAAGAUGAAGGUGGCGGAGCUGAAGAAGGAGCUGCGGGCGCAUGGGCUGUCCACGGUGGGCAACAAGACCGAGCUGCUGGAGCGCUUGCAGGAGGCCAUUGACGGCGGCGACACCCUGGGGCAAGAUCUUAGCGAGGGCGGUGUGGAGGUGGAGGAGGGGGACUUCUGUGAGGAGGACAUUCUGGGCGAGGAAGAACUUGACUCGGAGCUCACACCACAGGAGGAGGAGGCCGCCCUCAAGGGGGCCGCCAUCAGGGUCAAGGAUCAGGACAGCAGUCUCCUCGAACCUGAACCUGAGAAGAAAAAGAUUAGCUUGAAGAGGACCCAACCAACUCUCAUCGCCCCUCCCGACCCCCCCUCCACCGCCCCCGCCACCACCCCCACCCCCGCCGCCACCCCCCAGGAGGCCACCCCAGCGCCGGAAGGGGGGGCGGAGGCUGUGGAAGGGGAGGAGGGGGCAGGGGAAGGGGCGGCUGUGUCGGAGGGGGGAGAGGAAGCGACGAGUCCAGUUCCUAAGAAGAUUAUCAAGUUGGAUGGAGGAGGAGAGAAUAAGGACCUCAAGGCUCGGGCGGAAAGAUUCGGGAUUCCACUGACAGACGAGGCGCGGAAGGAGGCGAGAAAGGCGCGGUUUGGCAUCAACUCCUCCAACGGAACGGAGGCCAGCAAGUCCGAGGAGGAGAAGAAAGCAGCCAGGGCAGCGCGAUUUGGAGGAGCAGCAGGAGGAGGAGGAGGAGGAGGAGGAGGGAAGAUAUCCAUGGAGGGGGAGAAAGUCGAGAUUGACCAACUGAUGAAGAGGGCAGCUCGAUUCGGAGAGGUCACGUCCCCUGCCCUGCUCAAGGCCACGGAGGAGGAGAAGAAGAAGCAGAGGAUGGAGAGGUUCAGCGCUGGGGCGACUGCGACUGCCGACGAGGGGAAGAAAACGGAGGGGGUGGUGGCGGCCCCCGCAGACGACGCCCUGAAGAAGAGGAAGGAUAGGUUUGGGAUCGUCGACGAGGAGGAGAAGAAGAAGAAGAGGGCUGAGAGGUUUGCCAUCUAAACGCACACACACACAAACACACACACACACACACACACACAUACAUACGCACAUACGCACACACUUUUUAUAUUUUUCUUAACUAACUUCUGGUGUAAUAGGAUUUGAUACACACACACACACACACACACACACACACACAUACACACAUACAUACAUACAUACAUACAUACAUACACAUAUUUGAGAACUGUAUUGCAAUGUCUAUUAUUAUUAUUAUUAUUAUUAGUGGAAAUGAUAAAUAUGAUAAUGUGUUCUAUAUCUUUCUAUUAAUAACAUCAGUAAUAAUAAUAAUAAUAAUAAUAAUGAGAUUUGAUUAUAAUUAUAUGUGUGUUUUAUCCAUUAUUUCUGUUAUUAAGUAUUGUAUAUGGGAAAUGUGUAUGUCUGUCUGUAUGUACGUAUAAGGUCCACACACACACACACACACACAUACACACACAGACAAACGCACACACAUGUAUUUUGUAUCUAAUGUAACUCUAACAUUCAUAUAUCUUCAAUUUUUAUACUUUUCCUCUUUCAAAAAUAAAUUAAAAAAAGACAAAUUUAGCCCAGAACCAAAUAAUAACAAAUAAUAAUAAUAAGAAGAAGAAGAAGAAGAAAUAGAAGGAAGAAUAGGGAUGGAUAGAAUAAGAAAUAGAACAAUCACAUGAGAAAGAAAGGGAAAGAAAAAAAGAAUUACAUGAUGUUUUGUAUCGAUGAAAUAAAACACAUUGAUAACACUUAAGAAAAAUAGAUUAGUUACCCUCCCAACCCCCACACGCCCCUUAAAGAAAACGGGAACAUUGUAUAGUCAAACAUUUUCCCCAUGUAUUCAAGCAAACAAACAGUGACUUUCUAAUUUUCAAGCAUUGCGUACAUGUUUUUUUUGUGUUUUUUCUGCUCCGUUUGUGGAAAAAUGAGUUCCGUGCAAAAAAACAGCGACUUCCUAAAUUAGUUAACCAUUCUGUAUAUGUCGCUUUUUUGUGUUUUUCUGCUCCGUUUGUGAAAAAAAAUGAGUUCCGUGCAAAAAAACACCAACUUCCUAAAUUAGUUAACCAUUCUGUAUAUGUCGCUUUUUUGCGUUUUUCUGCUCCGUUUGUGAAAAAAUGAGUUCCGUGCAAAAAAACAGCGACUCCCUAAAUUAGUUAAUCAUUCUGUAUAUGUCGUUUUUUUGCGUUUUUCUGCUCCGUUUGUGAAAAAAAAAAGUUCCGUGCAAAAAAACAGCGACUUCCUAAAUUAGUUAACCAUUCUGUAUAUGUCGCUUUUUUGCGUUUUUCUGCUCAGUUUGUGGAAAAAAUGAGUUCUGUGCAAAAAAACAGAGACUUCCUAAAUUAGUUAACCAUUCUGUAUAUGUCGCUUUUUUGCGUUUUUCUGCUCCGUUUGUGGAAAAAUUUAGUUCUGUGCAAAAAAAACACGGACUUCCUAAAUUAGUUAACCAUUCUGUAUAUGUCGUUUUUUUAUGUUUUUCUGCUCCGUUUGUGAAAAAAAUUAGUUACAUGCAAAAAAACAGUGACUUCCUAAAUUAGUUAACCAUUCUGUAUAUGUCGCUUUUUUGUGUUUUUCUGCUCCGUUUGAGGAAAAAAUUAGUUACAUGCAAAAAAACACCAACUUCCUAAAUUAGUCAACCAUUCUGAUCAUGUCGAUUUUUUGUGUUUUUCUGCUCCGUUUGUGGAAAAAAAAUGAGUCCCCUUAAAAAAAAAAAACAGACUUCCUAAAUUAGUCAACCAUUCUGAUCAUGUCGUUUUUUAAUGUUUUUCUGCUCCGUUUGUGGAAAAAAAAUGCGUUCCGUGCAUGAGAGCAACCGUUCACACAUCUCAACGGGACCCUAGAGCCAACCCAGGGCGACAAGCCACACCGCGCUGCUCCGUUGAUACCCAAAGGCUGUCUCUGUGCCUACAUGCCGUCCUGUGUCAUGCUGUGGUGCGGGAAUACACAGAACAAGCUCCCGGAUGAGUCACUCUCCAGAUUAGUUGACCCUCCCAUCCCCACAAAAAUCAGGAACAAUACACGGCCCGGUAGCUCAGUGGAUAGAGCGCCUGCCUCACAACCAGAAGGACUGGGGUUCGAUUCCCCAGUCGGGUGAAGUGGUCUCCGUCCUACCCCACUUGGCUCACAACCGAGAGAGCCCAGGUUCGAUUCCCAGGCGGAGUGGAAAAAUUUGGGCGGCUUUUCCGAUACCCUACGCCCCUGUCCACCCAGCAGUGAGUGGGUACCAGGUAUUAAUCAGGGGUUGUGUCCCGUCUCCUGGGGUCUGUUCCCUUCUCCUAUAAUUCCUUCCCCUUCUGUCUCUAUCCGGCAUAUGACCACAGAUGUUGCGCCGACUAAACAAAACUUUCCUUCCUUCCCCUUCUGUCUCUCUCCGGCAUGACCACAGAUGUUGCGCCGACUAAAUGAAACUUUCCUUCCUUCCCCUUCUGUCUCUCUCCGGCAUAUGACCACAGAUGUUGCGCCCACUAAACAAAACUUUCCAAUCACUUCUCACAUCAACUAUUUCUAAAGGUCAUAGAGGGGAUCAAUCUGUUUUUCAUGAGUGUUUUUUAAGGUUCAUGGUACAGAAGAAGGGUCAGACUACCACCAGGGUCAUAAAACUACCCCUGGAAAGGCCUACAGCUCCUAUGAAAGCCUUGUCAAAUGUGUGUUUCUUUAGGGUCACGGUACAGAAGAAGGGUCAGACUACCACCAGGGUCAUAAAACUACCCCUGGAAAAGCCUACAGCUCCUAUGAAAGCCUUGUCAAAUGUGUGUUUCUUUAGGUUCAUGGUACAGAAGAAGGGUCAGACUACCACCAGGGUCAUAAAACUACCCCUGGAAAAGCCUACAGCUCCUACGAAAGCCUUGUCAAAUGUGUGUUUCUUUAGGUUCACGGUACAGAAGAAGGGUCAGACUACCACCAGGGUCAUAAAACUACCCCUGGAAAGGCCUACAGCUCCUACGAAAGCCAUGUCAAAUGUGUUUCUUUAGGUUCACGGUACAGAAGAAGGGUCAGACUACCACCAGGGUCAUAAAACUACCCCUGGAAAGGCCUACAGCUCCCACGAAAGCCAUGUCAAAUGUGUUUCUUUAGGGUCACAGUACAGAAGAAGGGUCAGACUACCACCAGGGUCAUAAAACUACCCCUGGAAAGGCCUACAGCUCCUACGAAAGCCUUGUCAAAUGUGUGUUUCUCUAGGUUCACGGUACAGAUGAAGGGUCACACUACCACCAGGGUCAUAAAACUACCCCUGGAAAAGCCUACAGCUCCUAUGAAAGCCUUGUCAAAUGUGUUUCUUUAGGGUCACGGUACAAAAGAAGGGUCAAACUACCACCAGGGUCAUAAAACUACCCCUGGAAAGCCCUACAGCUCCUACGAAAGCCUUGUCAAAUAUGUGAACUUGGGUGACGAAAUGCUUGAAAAUACGACCCGUAGACUUUUGUAUAGAAUUUUGUACUGGAUAAUUUUUCCUUGUUAAUUUGGACCACUGUGUUUCGUCGUGCGUUCGCCAUUUUUAAACGUUACGAUUUUCUUCUCGUUUGUGAAGGAAGAAAAACAAAAUAAGAACAUGUUUUUUAUCAGUAGAAAUAAGCGAUUGUUUGUUUGUUUGUUUGUUUGUUCUCGUUUUUGAAGGAAGAGAAACAAACUUAAUUUUUCUCCCGUCUCGGUAAAAAAAUAUAAAUAAAUAAGUGUGUCUACUUUUAUGACACUUAGAAGAAGGGACAAAAAUUCUGAUGAUAAUUACUUAGAAAAAAAGUGUUUGUAAGUGAUGUAAGUAAAGAUUUUGUAUUGUCCACUCUGCAA